GCAAAUACCAUAGCUAUCAGCCUAUAGUAAGAUGUUUAUUGUACUGCUUACUGUUUACUGAGAAAUAUCAGCUGAAUCUCAAUGAACAAUCACAUGGUAUCAUAAGGGACAAAAUCAGAGACAGAUAUUUUCCCAUGGUUACUGCAGAAAGCUCAGUAGAUAUACCACAGGAAAUCACAGAAACACGUGAUGGUGUGAUAACGUUUAUAUCAGACGACAUCAGACAUGAUGUCUUGUACGCCUUUGUUACGGAGUGUCUGGUGGAGGAAAGUGAUCUUGAGUUUUUCCUGACCACAGCGUCACGUGACGUGAUCUCAGAAUACUGCCGGUCCUGGGAGUAUAAGAUGAGUGAGGGAGAGAGAUGUCUGUGUGUACCGGACUAUCCAGAGAAGAUGUUCGACCUCUUCAUAGACAGUCUACAGCUGGACAUCAUCACACACUGUACCGUGUCUGACAGGAGCAUUCAUGACAGGAUCAGUGGACGUUUGAAUAUACCCAAAGAAGUAUUAAGUUGGGAUAUCCAUGCUAGAGAAAGGUUUGUGAAGAACUCCAAGUUAGGAAGCGUACAAUUGUUUCGCGCCAGAGGCAUGAUAGUUGGAUGUGCAGGUGCCGGAAAAACAACUCUUUUACAAAAACUUCACAGAAGAGGUAUAACAGAUGAAGAUGAACCAACUGAGACAACUAUCGGCCUUGAGGUUCAUGAAGAUUUGUUUGCUAUUAAGAAAAACAAGUUAACAGUUACCUAA